CUUUCAGUAGAGUGGUCAGCCGGGUAGAUUUUUUUGCAUUCUAGCAGUUUUUGCAGUCGUUGAAAUUUUAAUUAUUAAUGAAACAGGUAGAUUUUUAGCUUGAUUCUCUCAAUUUUUCCGUGGUAAUCUAACAAGAAACUUUGCAAAAUAGAAAGAAUAAUACUUAAGGAACUUUUCUCAGUGGCUGUGGAAACAAUUCAAUUAAUCUUUUAGUGAAAAACUGAACUAUUUGAAAGUGAAAAUUUAUAAUUUUGCGGGCUUUUUUCUCUGAGUUCCCUGAUCAUUUGGGGCAGAUACUGUGAGACUGGGCCAGCAGGUCAAGGCCACAAGCCCAAAAAGAGAAGCUACUGAUCGAGUGAGGUGAUCUAGAUGGAUAUUUGGGAGAAAGUGUUUGUGCUUUGAGCUUCCCGGAGGGGUCAACCUACUCGAAGAUAAGCGGCCAGGAAGGCCAACCCAUGAACUCAGAAGGGGAGGACGUGAGUGGCAUGUUUAUCUGUUGGAUUUGCCUCCCGUGCCCGUGAUUCUUAUCACUGGAGUUGACGUCUGUAAUCGCCAAACUCGUGGCUCUCGGAAUUUUAUUUAUUGAGAGACUUCUGCCGAUGCUCCCCGAUUGUCCGUCAACUGGCUUCGUUCUCGUCAGUUCUGUCGUCGAUCGCGGCCACAUAGCACAUGCUCCACAAUGGCAUUCUGUCUUCGGAGUCACUCUGGGCUGAUCUUCAGGAGAAUCCUCUCUCAAAAAUGUGGCAAACCCAUCGAUUUCCACAGAAUCCAGCAACUGAGAUGCCUGUCCACGACUUUCCAGCUCAACAAAGUGGUCUCGUUCAAUCUGUCGGACAUUGGAGAGGGAAUCCGCGAAGUCAGCGUGAAGGAAUGGUUCAUUAAGGUUGGCGAUACCGUUGAGCAGUUCGACAAUCUCUGCGAAGUGCAGAGUGACAAAGCCUCAGUCACCAUCACAAGUCGCUACGAUGGGAAGAUCGUGAAGAUCUACCACAAAAUCGAUGAUAUUGCCCUGGUGGGUCAACCUCUCGUGGACAUUGACGUUGCCGAUGACGACGAGGCGCCAAAGAAAGCAGAAGAUGAUCCUGAGAAGUACAGUGACAGCAGUUCGUCAGACGAGGAAGAAGCCAAGGGAACUCCCUGUCCGGCAGCUGAAGAUGCUCGAAAGAAAGUCCUCACAACUCCGGCUGUCCGUCGGCUGGCCAUGGAAAACAAGCUGGAUCUGACCAAGGUGAAGCCGACUGGGAGAUUCGGAAGGAUUCUCAAGGGAGAUGUCCUUGAGCAUCUCAAUUUAAUUCCCGCGGGGACAGUUAAGCCUCAUCCUACGCUCCUUCAGACCCAGACUCAACAGACGCCAGUCGCGGUGCCGAGAGCUGUGACUGAGGAUCGUGUGGAGGUGCUCAAGGGAGUCCGGAAGGUUAUGCUGAAGUCCAUGACGGAAGCUCUGAAGAUUCCCCAUUUUGCCUACAGUGACGAGAUUAACAUGUCAAAGCUGAUGGCUGUGCGGGAGGAACUGAAGGGAGAUGCUCUGGAGAGGGGUGUUAAACUGACGUACAUGCCCUUCUUCAUCAAAGCUGCCAGCAGAGCCCUCCUUAAGUAUCCGAUUCUCAACAGCAGCCUGGAUGAGGCCAAUGAGAGCGUCAUCUACAAAGCAGCUCACAAUAUCAGCGUCGCUAUGGACACUCCUCAGGGACUCGUGGUGCCCAAUGUCAAGCAUUGCGAACAGAAGAGUCUCCUGGACAUCGCCAGGGUCCUCAAUGAGCUCCAGGAAAGAGGACAGAAGGGAACUCUGCGUCCGGAAGAUUUUACCGAUGGAACAUUUUCGCUGUCUAACAUCGGAAUUAUUGGCGGAACGUACACGCAUCCGUGCAUCAUGAGUCCCCAGGUGGCUAUUGGGGCCAUGGGCAGGACCAAAGUGGUGCCGCGCUUUGGGGACAAUGACCAAAUCAUCAAGGCUUUUGUGAUGAGCGUCAGCUGGUCGGCGGAUCAUCGUGUGAUUGACGGGGUCACGAUGGCAAGUUUCUCGAAUCUGUGGAAGAAGUAUCUGGAGAAUCCCAACCUCUUCCUGCUCGACUGAGAGUGACAGCAAGUCCGGAGAAGAUGAAAAGACGCCCCGAGGAAAUUAUUGCAUUUAUCUUGUACAAAGAAAAAAAAAAGAAACGGCAAAAGCGUCGCUGCAUUUAAAUUUUGUUCUUCCUAUUUUUAGUCAAAAAAAAAGCUUUUUCCUUAGAUGAAGACUUGGAAGUUCGUGAGACUUGUUAAAUUUUUAUGCUGUUGGCAUUUGGAGGGUUUUUCUCCAUUUGA